AUGAGUCGGUGGGGCUACAUUGAAAAUACACGCUGGGACUUACUUGGUGGGUUGUUGUACACGUUGAAGCCUCGAACAUCCGAAGUCGGAACAUGGGAAUUCCUUAGCACAAACACGGAGACCCGGGAAUCCGUCUUUGAGAAGAAGGAAUAUGGGAAUAUCAACACCUGUACUCAACGUGCGGAAUCCCUGUCUUCCAAUAUCCGAAAGUCCAACUUCGAGUACAGGCUUGGGAUAUCCGAGGCUUGGAAAUUCACUUGGGAAUAUCGGAACAUCGAAACUCACCUCUUCGAGUUGAAGAAAACCCCACCUCCCCCAGAGGAACUGGAUCUCUCCCCUUGCUACGUUGGGAAGUCAAGUGUACCAACGUCGAAACAUCACCUUCCCAAGGUCACGCAAUUCCUUCAACUUUACGUUUCAACGUUGUGGACGCGUUUGUUGAUCAACAAAAUCAGCCUGUACUUCCCCCAGGAACCUGUAUUGGAUCCGGUGGAAUUCGUUUGGCUCUCCCAAGAGCCUCUUGCCACAGCAGUAGCAAGGCUUGAGCAAGGUUCCGAGAGCGCUCAGAUUGAGCAGUAUCCUAUUUGGAAGGAGAACGUAAAGCAGGAAAUAGAAGGUCACAGUUACUGGGUACAACGUAUAGUGGAUUGGCUGGCUUUCGUUACGGGGGGCAUUGAGUUAUCCACGGGAGCCCAAGCUAUUGAGGUGUUCAUUGACUGUAUGUGGCUUCGGCACAUUGGUCAGGAUGAGAACGCUUGCAAACGACUCCAUCAAGCUCAACAAGACUUUCUAGAAUUACCCAUUCCAUCCAAGUUCAAUAACGGCAUGCUGGAUAAAGAGGAAGAGGAACCGGAUGUUGAGAUCAAAGUCGAACCUAUUGAUUUAUCGGAACUUCGUCUGGGCUCAGCAAGUGAGUUUCUGCAGCUCCCUUGGGAGCAAACAAUGCCGGCGAACUGGAAGAAGACUAUAAGGGAAGACCCUGAAACUCAAUAUCUGGUGUGUAGACAGUGGAGUGAAUCUCUGGCCAUCUUUUUCUCCGAAACCAAUGAACCGGGAUUCUCAGAGAGUCAGGCUGCCGUUGAGGCUUUGCGACAGAUGCGUAAGAUUACGACAACCACCUGGUCUCAACCAAGCUGGCAAGCUGCAGUUAAGACCUCAGGCCUAUCUGAGGUCAUCAUCGACAUAUGCAAGCCAUCCAAGCAAUUGGACAUCCAGUUUCCCCAUGUUAUUGAGACCUUCCGACGUAACGUUUGGAGGGAAACACUUGGGGAACUUCUCUACAAUUGGACGCCCAAAGCUGUGAUUGAAGGAAUCGCAAAGGAUUUUAAUAAUCUGAAGACGACUAACACUUUUCGGAAAGGAGGCGUAACUUGUACCCCUUUGACAUUGCUUCGAACGAUGUCUGAACAUCCCGAGUCAAUUCCCAGAAUAUCCAAUCCCGCCUCCAUCUUCUUCUUGGUCAACGGUCAGAAUUUCACCAUGGCUUGGGAACGUUGGCUCCAGCCCGCCCUUGAUCUUUACGGUAUUGCGACUGAAGACGUCAACGUAAAGGAGCUUCAUCGUCGAAUACGUGGCCUUGACUUGGACCGCAUCAAGUCCGAAGUCCCACUGGAUGAAACUCUGGAACUUAUCCUUGCUGAGACAGAGAAGUUGGUAAAGCAAAGCCAACUUGUUGUUGAAAGCAGUGUGCGUUCUCUUAGGAUUUUAGAACCGCCUCAGGCUAGCAACGUUACUGUGCCUAGUUCGAAGGCUUCUGCCAAGACUGCGGUGCUAGGAAAGACGAAGAAGAUCCGGCGACGUGGUAAGAAGAUCUCACCUUCUUCUGAGGCUCAAGACAAGCCUUCAUCCUCGAAUCUUCCCACUCCCUCUCUUUCCACUGAAGACGCCCUGGAAGAUGGAUUGAGCAUCACUCUCCCUUUAACAAACUCUUGUCCUCACUGCUCUGGGCGUGAUAAGGAUGAGUGGUGUGUCCGUACUGUGGAGGUUGAAAGGCUAGAUGGUAAUUAUCAAGGUUGCGUGUUGACCGAAGCUCCUGAACAUGACCGUCUAAGACCUAAGGAUAUCCGACCAGGAAUGAAGGACGACACCAAGUAUUACCAUCCAAAUGAUCUGGGACUCAAAGCAUUGCAAUCACGUCCUGAGGUCUUCACCCGUUGUGCUGUUGAUACCACUCUAUUGGUGAGCGGUGCAUUGCUGGUGGGAGCAGUCAAGUUCGGGGCUUUUUCCUCGGAGGCUCUGACUGAAAUGCAGGACCAUCAUGAGACAAGCUCUGUGCUGAAGACAGUCAAACGUGGUGCAAGCUUCCGGGCUUUUGCCAAGGGAAGCAGUACUAUGAAGGCCAUAGGUUCACAUUUGCCUCAGGGUGGAAAUCCUGGUAGCGGAUAUGGUCCUUAUGUUGACGUCAAAGCAGAUACUCAUGACGACAUUCGUACUCUAUUUAAACAUGCAGAGAUUUCAGACAAACUCACGCAUGCGGCACGACACAUAUACUAUCCUGUCACCAAGGUUAUUGGUAGAGACAGUGUUAGCUCAGGCAUGGAUCCAUUGGGUUCAACGGGAUCAAAUAUGUUUAUCUGCCGCAACUACGUCAGUCCCAUCCAUGUUGACGAUGAUCUUACUAUCUCGGCAUGCAUGCAGCUAGACAAGCGCUGUCCCUCAGGUGAAUGGAACUUUGCUUACGCACAGUGGGGAUAUUAUAUUGAAACUAUUCCAAACACUUUAUGGUUAUUCUAUGGCACCCAUCAACACGGGACAAUAAUGCCUAGUCGCUCAACAAUGGCAGCGACUUCUCCAGCCCGUCGUUGCAAUGGGCGUGCUCAGCCUGCUCAGGUCCAGGCCCCUCCUUAUCCUCCUGAUCAACAAGAAGCAGGUCCUGCUCCAGCACUUGCUUAUCCCAGAGGAUUACGCUUCAUCAUUGUUGAUCCAAGAACUCUGGUAUCCACAGGCAUUCACAACACCAUUCGCCGUAGAGACAGAAUACGUGCUGCUCACUAUCAGGCUGUUCGUCGUUCAUAUCAUGGUGUAGCACGUCAUUGGCAGACCUAG